ACCUCUUGUUUAAGGCUGGACCACAUGGUUUGGGCUUGUCAGAACAGCCUGUCGUACUUCAAUCUGCUGGAGCCCCUUUAAUGCCCCAACUUGGUUCUCCGGUCCAAACAUCUAUAGCCAGCAGCAUCUGUGUCUUGCCCUCUCAGCAGAACAUCAGCAUACCUGUGAGCCAAGGAGAGACAGAAGGCAGUAAUGUGCAAAUACUCUCCCAAUCUAUCAACAAAACUCAGACACUGGAAUCUGGUCAGAAUACGGUUAGUUUAGGUCAAGGGUCAGCCACCCAUUUCAACCCUUCCAAAGGACAGGUUUUGGGCGUGUUUACUCGCCCACAAACACUGUCACCUUCACAGAGCAGCAGAACUACUCCGAUAUCCAGAUCCUAUGAACAGAAGCAAAGUAACUCCAGUACUGUGGCAACCGUGACAGGAGGGGAAAAAGUCAAGACAAAAGCAAAGAGAAGUAUGCAAAAUCCAGAAGCAGUCGGAGGAAAGAAACAUAAGGCCUAUCAGGAGCAUCACAACAGCCCUCCAGUGAAAGUCUCCUCAAAUUCAAGUUCUAAAGGACCAUGUUCCCCAGAACCAAUGGACACUGGCAAACCUACAGACAAGACAAGUCAACAGGGUAAAAAGAAGACAACUGAAGGUCCUGGAAAAAUACUAGGCAAAGACAAAGCCUCACAUGCCAAAAGGACAGGGUCUCUUAUUGUGUCAUCACCACCUGGUCAGGAGGACAACACCAAGGAUACUGUACUUGACAGCAAGCCUAAGAAGGGCAUCAUCUUUGAAAUCUCAAGUGAAGAUGGCUUCCACAUUCGCUGUGAGAGUAUUGAAGAGGCUUGGAAGUCCCUGACAGAUAAGGUGCAAGAGGCUAGAUCCAAUGCACGUCUUAAAGAACUUUCCUUUGAUGGUGUGAAUGCUCUACGGAUGCUUGGUGUUGUUCACGAGGCAGUGGUUUUCUUGUUAGAGCAGCUGUCUGGCUCCAGACAUUGUCGUAGCUACCGCUUUCGUUUCCACAAGCCUGAAGAGUCUGAUGAGCCUCCAAUCAACCCACAUGGGUCAGCUAGAGCGGAAGUCCACAACAGGAGGUCUAUAUUUGAUGUCUUUAACUUUUUGGCCUCAAAACACCGCCAGCCUCCUGAGUACCAGCCACAGGAAGAAGAUGAAGAAGAGGGGCAGCUCAGAGUUGCCAGGCGUGCCUCCAUGGAGUUACCACUGGCUGUGAGGUUCAAACAGCUUAAGACCACUUGUAAGGAAACUGUGGGAGUCUACAGGUCUCCAAUUCAUGGCCGUGGUCUCUUUUGCAAGAAAACUAUUGAGGCUGGGGAGAUGGUCAUAGAAUAUUCUGGAAAUGUCAUUCGUUCUGUUCUCACAGACAAAAGAGAGAAAUAUUAUGAUGGAAAGGGGAUUGGUUGUUACAUGUUUCGCAUCGAUGAUUAUGAGGUUGUAGAUGCUACAGUCCAUGGCAAUGCAGCGCGGUUCAUCAACCACUCGUGUGAGCCCAACUGCUAUUCUCGUGUCAUUACUGUGGACGGUCAGAAGCACAUAGUCAUCUUUGCCCUUCGCCGUAUCUACUGUGGGGAGGAGCUCACUUACGACUACAAGUUCCCUAUUGAGGAUGCCAGCAACAAGCUGCCCUGCAACUGUGGCGCAAAGAAGUGCCGCAAAUUUCUCAACUAAAGAGGGCCUUUGGAAGACUCCUGCUGAGAUCCUGGGAUUGGCUGUUGGUAAAACUUCAAGGGCCAUUUUGGAGGAGGGGCCAUUUGUAGAGAUUUAACAUGUUGUGCCUCAUUUGUUUUUGUAUGGUCUGGAAAAGGGAUUUAUCCAAUUACAGAAAGGAAAUGGUUUAAGCCUUCAUUAUACUGCAAUAUCAAAAUUUAAAUUUGGUGUUCUUUCAAACACUCUGCAUUGGCCCAUCCUCCUUACUUUCCUAUGUAUUGCUUUUAUCUCAUGAUUCUGUGGUCCACCAAUGCCAGGACAUUAUUAUACAAGAAAAAGAUAUCAAAGAACUUUGUUCCAUUUUACACCAAAGUGCAAUUUGUUUAAGGGACUCGGAACAGUAAUUUGACACUUUUUUUAAACUGUUACUGAUGCACAUUUCCCUGUCUGAAUGUGCCCUGAUGCCUUCACAGUUGUAGAGAUCAACUAGAGGCUUCCCCAGCAAGUGUUAAUUAAGCGCUUAUUAGUGUACAUUGAACACUGUAAAUAGAGAUCUGUGCGUAACACAGUUAGUAGUUGCUGCUUAGAGAGGAGCUGGAGAUGCAGUAAGGAAAGGCCAUAUGAUGGACGGAAAAGUUAAGGGAGUUGUUCAAAGCAGGACACCUGAUUUUUAUUACUUUUAGGCUAACUAUGCGGUAGGUAGCCACGUUGAUGUAGAUUUUAGUUGGGGUGAAGAGUUGGGCCUCCACAGCAAGGCAGCUAGAGAUUCUGGUGGACUGACAGCCAAUGGACUGGAGUACUCUACUGAUUUGUUUAGGGCAGACAUAUUUAUGAUGUUUGUGGUGAUCCAGAAGAGAAUUUGUGUAAUAUACAGGAGAGAUAAAAUCAAUGCAGGUUGCAUGUUUUUUUUUUUUUUUUUAAUAAAACUUUGUGGUACAAAUAUAAGCUCAGUAAAAUUGUGUUCCAAAAACAGCCGCAAGGAGAACCAAACAUUGUGACCUUAAUUUGAAUUUGAACCAUUUUCUUUAUGCACCUGUUGGGAUAAAUAUUACUACAACUAUUGUUUUUGUUUUGUAUAGUAUUGAGUCUUUUACAAUUUUGCCCGUUGUUUGUCUUUUUUAUUAUGGGCAGGGAAAUAUGCUUGCUUUUUAAAAUGUACAUAAUGUAUAUUUUUCUAUAAAAGACUUAAAAGCACUCACUAGUGAAUAGCACUUAAUGGUAUUUAUAUUUUUUAAGAAAUCAUAUUUAUUUUAUUGCCAUUUUUCUAGGAAAUAGAGGUUUACGGACACUAAUGCUUGGUCUGUGUUUUGUAUUUUUGCUGCCUUUUCAGUUGUGAUAUUUUCUGUUUUUGUGGUUUUACAGUUUGAUUUGUGGCUGAAUGUUUUCUUUGAUUCCAAAGACUGACGCUGGUCUGUGACUUGGUCCUGAGUUCAGUCCACCAGGAGCUCUUUAUUCCAGUGCAUGGGUCAGGGCAGAACUAUUUCAUCAGUGUCAGUUGUGUGAAUCUAUAUGCACUUGAGAGAGCUCAGAUUGUUCAUCCAUAGCAGAUAUCUCCUCUCUCCAGCCUUAUUGUUCUCAUGCCACCUUAGACAGAGAAUCCAACACCAGGCAAAAACAUUUGACUUGCCAAUAAUCCACAGCCACAAGACUUGAAUUGGUAAUAGCCGUUGGAAAUAAUAUAACAAAUGUCUUUGCAUUUUGAUCUGACCUGGUUGUGAAUAUUAAGCAGGUGCCUUUAAUGACAGAAAGCUACAACAUACAAAAUGUCAUAACCAUCCAGCCUCUCCACAUCUUUAUAAAACCACUCUUACGGGUGACCACUAUUGAUUGCUCAUCUUUUCAAAACUUUUUGAAUUAGAAGAAUUUUGAAUUUUGUUACAGUUUGUUGUCUUCUGAUGUGUUGAAACAAAGUAGAAAUAAUCAGACUGUUCUUUGCUGUUCAUGCCAAUGUCACCUGAAGGCCAUUAGCUGUCACUCCAACACCCAGCUGGCACAAGCAGGAGGAAGUGUCUUGUGUUUGGUUGUGCCUGUAUGGUCACUGUGAGCAGCAGAGGGCAUGUUUGAGGCUCCAGUAAAAGUGCACUUGACUCUUUUCUGCCAUGUAGUGAGAGCAGGGACCACUCCAGCAGCCCUUCUCCCAUUCGUGCACCACCAGGGCUGUACCGCCAUUGGUUGGGUUCUGCUUAAGCCAAGCAUGAAUGUAUUUUAUCUGGACAUCAUUUGACCUAUGAUAUAUUUGUUUUCACUACACUGACAGAGAAUAGAGCGGUGAACUACAGUUUUAACGUUCACAAUGGGAUUAAUAAUUCAGUGGCUUCUUUUCAACAGUUAUGCUAUAGCUUCAUAAUGUCAAGGGCUCCAUCUAGAACUUGCAUUUAUUUUGAUGGAUUCAUUCACAGAAACUAUGUCACAUAUGUAUACACAAGAAGGGUUUUAGUUGCGUUAUCUGUGCCAGAUCAGUGGCCCAUCAUUCUCUGUAAUUAUAGUAUAAAUACAUACAACAAUAUUAUAUGGAAACAUGCAUAGUCAUUUCUUGUACUUUAGUAUCUAUAUAAUAUAUGGAAUGGACAGACAAAACUUAGUUACAGUAGCAAAACAACAGACUAUAAUGGUUAAUAGCAAUGUCUAAAUGUAAUAUUUAACAGGUUUGUGUUUCAGAUACAACAAAUCAUUCUUUUGUAUAUUGAUAUCCAGUGCCUGUAGAUGUCCUUGCAUCAGCGAUGGACAUUACAGUUCCUCUCUUUCGGUUCCUUUAUUUGUUAAGAAUGUUAGUGUUAUUAAUGUGGUUGUGAACUUCUGGAGGUCAGCCAUUUUGGUUUCUCUCACUUCUGGUUAUUUGGUUACUGUCAGUGAAUGUUCUUUCUGUUUCCAUUGUAUGUUUUAACGGGACUAUUUUAGCGGGCUUAUUGAUGUGGUAUCAGAUUUUUGUGGAGCCUUUCCGGUAGCUGUAAAACAUCCAACCAGAUUCAUUUUAUUUGGAGCCUCUUGAGUCUCUCUUAAGCUUCAGUUGUACUUAUUAUGAUAAUGUACUGUUUUAUUAGAAAGUCAUAAUGCUGAGUUUAAUAAUGAAAGAUUUUAUUUAUUUAUUUUCGGGCAGCAUCUUCCCCCGAGAUAUUGACCUUUCCAUGUACCUGUAAUUUCUUUGUUGUGCAUAGAUGUUUUCAGUCCAGGACUGGAAGUCAGUGGGAGGCAGUGGAAAUGCUCAGAAAAGGCUCUUUUCUUAUGCCUUGAAUAUACCUUUGUCUUAUCAAUAUUUCUCUCUGUAAUAAUAAUAAUAAUGCGUAUAGAAUGGUCAUAAUUUCUCCUGUUUUGACAGUAUUUCUCUCAAUAUACACAUUUACAAAAUGAAGGAAAACCAACCAUGGUGAAAAUAAACCACAAACUACUUGGUUGAAUGUAUAAUUAGGAAACAAAGUUGUACAUAAAUGUAAAAAGAAAAGUUUCUAAUCAUGUUUAUUUUCUAUGCACUUUUUUUAUUUAAGUGAUAGUUUAAAUAAUAAACAUGUCUUCUUUACUCUU